UUCAAUUAAAGUUUGCGUUCAUGCGAACUGAAGUAUGUCUGGUGCUUCCAUUGUUGUUCGCUCCGGCAUUCGGUGGGGGAGGACACUCAAAAGCGAAGGAUUUACCAGGAUAUGAUGGAAAGCUUCCACACGAUCCAUUAGCUUCUUCUCCCUGUGCUGGCUAUACGGUUAAAAGGUCGUGCACCGGCGAAAACAGUGGUUAUCACUACUACAGGUCAUAUAGGUUUUGCCUAAAAAAUGACAAUGCACACUGCGGAAAUUAUCCAAAUGUUUUUCCAAGUUGCGAGGAAUGCUCUAAGAAGUGCAAUGUAAGUGUAUGCAGUGAAGAAUUAACACCGCCUCCAAUGGAAUUGCCGAAGAUCAGCCCAUUUGGACGAUGAUGUUGUCCUCCCGUAAAUAAAACACAGGUUUAUACAUCUACACUUUU